AUGGCGGCUAACAAUUUCGCGACGAAGCUAAGCAGAAAUACAAACAGAAUUACAGUAAUCUUGGUCUACGCGUUCCUCGAAUGGCUUCUCAUGUUCUUCAUCUUCCUCAAUUCCCUUUUCACCUUCUUCAUCGUCAAAUUCGCCUCUUUCUUCGGCCUCAAGCAAAUCUGUCUCCUCUGUCCGAAUCUAGAUCGAGUCUUCGAGCGAAACCCAGAACACAGUUUCACUUACAGAGAGCUUUUAUGCCAAAACCAUGUCGCAGAGCUCGCAAGUCUCACUUUUUGCAAAACUCACGGGAAAUUAUCCGAAUCGGCGAACUUGUGUUCAAUUUGCUCAGAUCGGGAGAAACAGAGCAACAUUGGUUUAGGGUUUUGCACAUGUUGCCAAAAGAGCUUGGUGGAUAAACCCUACCCUAGUUACUUGCUUAUCAAGUCAUCAAUUUGGGGGAAAUCUCUUGGUGAUAGAGAAAAUGGAGGGUUGAUCUUAGAGAUGAUUGAUGAUGAUAAAAUUGGAGAUGGGUUCGAGAUAGAGAGAGAAUCUGAUCCCUUAGGGCUCUUUAAUGUCGAGAGCUAUGGUUUAAGCCUAAGAGAAGUGUCUGAAGAAGAUGGGUUAAGAUCUGUCAAUAGUAAUCAUUUUCUCGGGAACGAAGAAGACGACGAAAUUCAAGAAGCUAAAUCAAGAGUUUCAGAGGAUGAACAAAGGGAUGAUGACACAGGGAAUGUUGCUACUUGUGGAGCAGAUAACAUUUCAGGGCAUGUGGAUGAUCAAUUUGAGACCAAGAGCUUUACUUGUAAGCUAGAGAAUGAAGCUUUUGUCAUCGAAAAUCUCUCUGUUGGAUUUGAUCCUCUUCUAUCAGUCAAGAGUUUAUUGCACAAGAAACUUCAUUUUCUAGCCAAAAAUGAGUAUGCAGCUGUUGAAGAUGCAAGAGAUGAGAUGGAAGGUGCCGAUCCUUUAACGACUAUCGAACGGCUGAGAGAGACCGUGAGAGCAGAAGAAGAGGCAUUGAGGGGUUUAUAUGCAGAGCUUGAAGAAGAAAGAAGCGCAUCUGCAAUAGCGGCUAACCAAACAAUGGCGAUGAUCACAAGGCUACAAGAAGAGAAAGCGAGGGUUCAGAUGGAAGCGUUGCAGUAUCAGAGAAUGAUGGAAGAACAAGCCGAGUAUGAUCAAGAAGCCUUGCAGCUGUUGAAUCAUUUGAUGGUGAAGCGAGAAAGAGAGAAGGAAGAACUCCAGAGAGAGCUUGAGGUUUACCGAAAGAAGGUUAUGGAGUAUGAGUCAAAAGAAAAGAACAAAACCAAAAUUACGAAUAGCGAUGGCGAGGCUGAUGAGGAUGAUAGUAAAAAGGAGGAGAAUGAAGAAGAGGAUAAUUCUUCUGAGACAGAUGUGGAUUUGGAGAAGAUAACACUAGAUUGUGUAAAACAUAUGAGCAUGCUUGAUGAAUCUUUGUCAGAGUUUGAGGAAGAGAGAUUAGUGAUUUUGGAUCAGCUCAAGGUGUUAGAGGACAGGCUGCUAAUAAUGCAGGACAAAGAAUCUGCAGAGGAUUCAAAAUGUACAGGAGAAUUCAGCGAAGAAGGACUAACGAUGGCAUCAAUGGCGAAGAGUUUGCUUCCUCUUCUAGACGCGGCAGAGAACGAAUCAGAAGACGGGUUUCAAGAAGUGCCUGAAUCCGUUGAAAAGAAGUUUGGUUCGGAAAGUGAGAAGCUAGAGAUCAUCAAACAAGUUGAUAAUGUCUAUGAGAGGUUACAAGUGUUGGAAACAGAUGGAGAGUUUCUUGAAAACUGUAUGAGCUCGGCGAAGAAAGGCGACAAAGGAACGGAUCUUCUUCAAGAUAUAUUGCAACAUCUACGCGAUCUUAGAAACAUCGAGCUGAGUGACACAAUCGAAAACCAGAAAGCACAGGACGAGUGA